UUUCUUACGCAACACUUGCUGGUGCUUACAAAACGACUCCUAGCUAUGUGGGAUAGACGUAAAACUUUUUUCUUUCAUCAGUGCGAACCUGCAUUCAAUUUUUUAAGCAAGAAAUGUAACAGACAUGUAGACAAUCAUCAUCACAAAUACCAUGGCUCGUCCAGCUGUUAGUAAUCGUCUCUGCCAAGCAGCAUGGGAGCAGUCACAUGCAAAACAAGAGCCAAUAGGAAUGCCCAUAGCUCUCACUCCUUUGAGCUUGACUAGACUAAGAAGGAAUGCUGAAUGCCUCCUCGCAUUAUUUCGUACGUGGCAGCCAAUCGUCGCACACCAUUGCAGACACAGGCCUUCUGUGGCAACCAGUGGCUCCUCCUUGUGCAGCGGGUUGUCUGGCUACGGCCGCCGAAGCAUGGUGAACAACAUGGCAUUUAAUGGCGCGGGUGAAGCACAGGACUACGUUUCAAGCCACCCAGAGAUCGCCGAGAUCGCUCGACAAAUUCCAUUUCUUGAUUCUGCAAUGGUGACAUCAAGAAUUUUCUCUGUGCGGAACGUCUUCAAACGAAAAGGCUUCGACAUCAUGAAUCCUUGUUCCAGAAAUGAUGAGGCAGGGUGCUGGCUGCUUGAGCACCUGACACUGUGCAAUAGAGUCUUGUACUCCGUUGAUGUUCAGCUCCACGAAAGUAAGCCAGGAGAGUUGAAUUUCUCCCCAACAGGGUCAACGGGCGACAUCUUCUCCGAAGUUGCUGUGCUGGACUCUCUGUUCCUGAUCUGCUGGCUCGUGAAACAACACCCAUGCAUACAAGGAAUAGACCUGUACGAGACACGCCUAUUUCUCCACUUCCCGACGGCCCUUAAACUUGCCCUUGCACACGGCUCUAACAUUAGAAGCGUCAAAGUAGGCACCCCAGAUCCAACCGCGCAGCACAACGUGUUUCUUGAGGGCAUCAGGCCCGACACCAUGCUAGAGAGUUUCGAAGCACGCUACCUCAAGCUCGAUAUGGAGUCUGCGUCGCGACUCUCGGAAGGACUCAAGAGGUCACCGCAGUUCAAAUCUAUUUUGCUACAGUACAGUGGCCUCAGCAAAAAGGGGAUGAAGCUUGUGUUGAAAGCACUUCAGCAGUGCAAUCACUUGACGUCUCUGCAUAUCAAUCAUUACGGCUUGAAGGAAGGUGCUGCUGUGCAUCUGGCAGAAAUUGUAAAACGCAGCAUGUACCUGAAGGACCUCUUUCUCUAUCACAUACCUGACGAUGUAUUGGAAAUUAUCGCGAUUGCGCUUAGAAAGAACGGUUCGAUCGAGAAUUUGAAAAUAAAUGAAUCUGAUGAUAGUGCCCGUAGUAUGCCGCACAUUUCUGAUGCCUUGAAGACGAACAGGACAAUAAGAACGCUCGAGCUUAAUGAUUGUGGUAUGGAGGAAAGUGACGCGGCUCUGUUUGCUCAGGCUCUAAAAGUGAACGUUACUCUCCAGGAGCUACAACUUCGAGGGUGCAGGUUCAGAGACGCUGGUGCAAGGCAUCUAGCAGAAGCUCUGGAGUCAAACCAGACGCUUCAUGAGCUCGAUAUCUCCAGGAACCACCUUACAGAAUUGACCCUGGUACAGUUUGUGAAGACCCUUGCAGUGAACACUUCACUGGAAGUGGUGCGUCUUGGAAUGAUUGAUUUUGUUGACGAAGUUGCCGAAGAGAUUGCUCAGGUUAUCAGAGGCCAUGAGUGUUGCCACAGAAUCUGCACAACGUGGAACACCCUCGCGCUCAACGAGUUGGCACGUCUCAUUUCACUCAACUACGACGACGUGAAAAAGAUCCACAUUUUGUGCGUAGAGGAGACCCCUAUUUUACAGGUGAUCUCAGCACUAGAAUCAAACUGUCACAUCACGGAAGUGCACAUUGAAACAGCUGACGGUGAGACAGCCGGAGACGAGAUGGUUAAAGCUCUUGCGCAACUUGUCAAAAAGACCAGGUCCCUGAAGUUUAUCCGCUGCACGUGCCUUUUUAACGUUGAAGGUGGAGAUGAGGACAUUUUUGCUACUUUCAUCAAAGGCCUUACAAACAACGGCACGAUCAACCGUGUCGAGCUCGAAUCCGCACGUUUCACUAUGGGAGUCGCCCGAGCGUUCUCAGCCAUGCUCGAAGCGAACACGACACUGUACGCUUUUGUCACACAGUUGUCUUAUUUUGACGCAGGGGCACUCAAAGUGAUUGCGAGACAUUUCCCCAAGAACUACACGCUCUCCACAUUCUGUGUGGGUUCGGAGGGUUAUAGCUCACGAGAGCUGUGCGAGAUUUUGGACGUGGUCCGAAGAAAUGAGCAGCUCCUGAAUCGUGCUACGAGGUUUGCCCUGGGUACCUGCAGGGACUGUGAUUGCAGAGAAGCAUUUCGGAUACUCUGGAGGUGCGAUUCUGUGGUGCAGCAGGUUAAGUGUGUCACAGAGUGUACGGAAGAAAACGCGAGGCAGUGUGUAGAAGCUGCGAAAUUGUUGUUUUUAUAGACAGGGUCUCUGCUUUCUUACGCAACACUUGCUGGUGCUUACAAAACGACUCCUUGCUCUGUGGGAUAGACGUAACACUUUUUUCUUUCAUCAGUGCGAACCUGCAUUCAAUUUUUUAAGCAAGAAAUGUAACAGACAUGUAGACAAUCAUCAUCACAAAUACCAUGGCUCGUCCAGCUGUUAGUAAUCGUCUCUGCCAAGCAGCAUGGGAGCAGUCACGUGCAAAACAAGAGCCAAUAGGAAUGCCCAUAGCUCUCACUCCUUUGAGCUUGACCAAUGCUGCCUAGACUCAGAAGGAAUGCUGAAUGCCUCCUCGCAUUAUUUCGUACGUGGCAGCCAAUCGUCGCACACCAUUGCAGACACAGGCCUUCUGUGGCAACCAGUGGCUCCUCGUGCAGCGGAUUGUCUCCAUGGCUACGGCCGCUGAAGCAUGGUGGUAAUUGGCUGACUUUUAUCUUUCUUUUAUUGUUUUAAGUCCUCAUUAACACCAUAGCCCUUGAUGAUGGUACACAUACAAAAGCAGAGCAAGAACAAAAGAGGCAACAAGAUGGUGCAACAUUCUAAAUAACUGCUGCAAGACACAAGGUAACACUCAGAAAAUGAGACAGACGAUGUCGCAACUUUCCACCUCUGUUUACUGAAUCACAACAAAUGAACCGAAACAUAUCAAGAUAAUAAAAGGACAAGAGCCAGA